CCAUCCAUAAUUACAGACUGCCUCUUCUCAACUGCCAAAAACACUCUGUUCCCUUUAAAAAAGGAAAAAGAAAAAGAAAAAAUAACCCUUGAGUUAGGGUUUCUAUUUUCCAAUUUCCCGAGAACUGUGUAUUUGGAUUCAAAUCAAUAAUCAAUAAAAAUCCACAUGUAAAUAACUAGGGUUUUUAUUCAGUCCCGAUGUUGAGCUUAUCUCAACAGCCCAUUCUUACCCCUUCAAUACCCAAACGAAGGGUUUUUAAUCGACCUCGAAAUUCUUCUCUUUUUGCAGCAAGGAAUAAUCGGAUCUUUGAGUCCAAUUCAAAGCUACCAAAGCAUAAAUGGAGAGUUUCAUGUUUUAGAAAUGAGGAAAUUUCUCAGGUAAAUCCCGGGUCUGAUAGUGUCGAACGUUACGUACCUGAGGAAUUGGUGAAGCCUGAGUUGGAUAAUUCUACGAAUGUUAAAAGAGAUUGGAUAUCGAGUCUUCGAGAGGCUGCUAAUGUAGUGUUGAGUGCAUUUGGGAGCUCGUGGACUGUACCAUGGACAGCAGAGACCAUAGUUCAGGUGAUGCUUCUCUGGGUUGUCUCAUUCUGGUUCAUAGGGUCCUGGGUGAUUCCUUUUGCGGCACACAUUGCAGGUUUCAACAAGGAAUCCCUAACAUUUAGAGGUCAAGCUUUGUUCAGCCUUGUGACUGAUGUGACUGAAGGCCUUGCUGGAAUUGCAAUCCUUCAUUGUUGCCUGUCUCGAUUUCAUCCCCUUUCAUCUGAUUGGUUUAGGUUCAGACUGAAAGGGAACUGGCUGUUUGACGUUGCUCUUGGCUGCCUCAUGUUUCCACUAGUUAACCGGCUGUCACAGUUCAAUCUUAGCCUAUUGCCUAUUCUGCCUUCUACACCGGUCACUCUCUCAAGUGUUGAGCAGUCAAUUGCAGCACGGGAUCCCGUGGCAAUGGUACUGUAUGCAAUAGUGGUUUCAGUGUGUGCUCCUGUGUGGGAGGAGAUAGUCUUCCGGGGUUUCCUCCUCCCAUCCUUGACUCGGUACAUGCCAGUCUGGUGUGCAAUAUUGGUGAGUUCGGUUGCCUUUGCACUAGUGCAUUUUAAUGUACAGAGAAUGCUACCACUUAUUUUUCUUGGGGUGGUUAUGGGCGUUAUAUUUGCACGGUCACGAAAUUUAUUGCCAUGUAUGCUUCUUCAUAGCCUCUGGAAUGGCUUUGUAUUCUUAGAUUUAAUGAAAUAGCUCCUUAGGUUUGUACCUCACAUGUAGAUCAUUUAUCGGUUGGUCACUUCCCAAUGGAAUAUAGAUGCGGGCUGACGUUGUGGAGCCAUAUGCUCCCCCAAGGGAAAUUGAGGAUAGGGUUCGUGAGAAGACUGAUGCUUUUGGCAAUGUUGAUCAACCAAUGUCUUCUUCUAUAUAGGCCCACACCAACAUAAUGCAAGUAGUAUUAAUUGACAGAGAUUCAUGGCUUCCAUCUAUCAUGUGUCUGUUUGUAGAAUUAGUCCAUUACAUCUUCAGUCAGGCAGGCCUGUAAUUAUACCAGGAACAGUAAGGGAAAAAGGAUAAUCCUUUUGUUCCCUGCAAUAUCUUUCUGGUUAACGUUGCAAACUACUCUCUCACUAAACGAGAUCCUCUCUUGUUUUGUUU